AAAACUUUGUGUCCAAGUUUUCUUCCAGUUCUUCAGAUCUCAACAUAAACCUAACAUGGUUGUUUAUUGGCGGAUGACUAGUGAGAUAACCUGUUUGUCGACAACUAUUUCAAGUUAUCUUUUUUUUAAAUAAUUUAUCUUAUUGUAAUAACCUAAUUUGAAGACAUCAACAGCAGUUUAAAGGAUAACUGGAAUAAAAACAUUCACGUUUGUUUUUCUAAGUCAACUUUGAUUCAACUGUUGAGCUUCCCUAGUUUGAACAUCCACUGGAAUUAGCCUUUAUUUUUAAAAUCCAAAAUAUGCUACUAUUCAAACCUAACACAAGUACUGACACAGUCUUGUGCUAGCUGCGCAUUUAAGUGGAAAGUUUGACUAAAUUACCACCCUGUUCACCCUGAAAUGUCCCAAAUACAGACUCGCCAUAUGUUACGAUGAGUACUUUUCGAAGAGACUUUCAAUUUAUAUGCUGGCUCUGUACACGUGUUUUGGGAUGAGAGGCUUGCUUUCUCCCUGUACUGGUCAUGUACGCUCUGCAGGGACAGGCUGUAAUCAAGGGCCCGUAAUUAGAGAGGCACUGGGAGUCGCCUCACUGUGAACAGAAAUACCCUGAAAUGCAGGGCUCAAAUGCAACGUGGUCCAUGUAAAAUGAAGUAUAAUCUGCGUAUAUUUGUUGAUUUAAUGAGUUUAAUGUACAUAAAGCAUCUGGUGGCUUUUAUUAACUGCACUUAAGCACGAGGUAUAAUUGAAAUUGAUCUUGUGCAUGGGCAGAAACACUGCAUACUUUGUCUAUCAUACAAAAAAAAUUAAAAAUAGAAUAAAAGGUUUCAACAGGUCUUUUGCCAGGGGGCUCGGCCCAAAAGAAUAUCACUUAUGACCAGACAACUUCAAUCUAGGGCUCCUUUCAGUUAUGGCAAUUAGAAUCGUUGCCACUUUCUCAUUCUUACGGCACCCCUGCAUCCCAACCGUGUCAUGGAAGUCGAGCAGGAAUGAACGAGGGUGGAGAAACUGAAAAUAGAGGGAUGGACAUGACUUUCUUGGGAGCGGUUAAGAAAAGCUUCAGUAUAACAGGGACGGCAAUGCUCGGAAACUCUCCACCUCCUGUCUACAUUUGUGUUGCCCUCUUCCCCCCCCGCUCUGUCCUCAGCUCACUCUGGUCCUUCUCACAACAUCAACCAGGACAACUUGGAAGAUGACAUCCCACUUGGUUCUCCAUAUGGCCUGCCUGACCUUGUUGUCACUGUGCUGCGGCGUGACACAGGGCGCUCCGAUGUUCUACAACGUGUCCAUGGAUGGUAGCGGUGAUGACGGGCUGGAGUUUCUCUUUCCGAAGUACUUCUCCACUCGUGAACCCGCUCAAGUCAGCGGCGCUACCCAUCCGCCUGAUGCUUCCGACGCGCCCACGUUCACUAACACCAUCACCACUACCAUCGUCCGUCUAAAGGACUUUGUACUGACCAGAGUGGUGGAUUUCCUGGAGGAUAAUCUUCUCAUCAUCAUUGUCGUGACCUCUGUUCUCAUCGUCUUGGUCUUUAUUAUCUGCUGCGCUUCUGCCAUGAGUCAGAAGCGCAAGCUGGAGGCCUACAAGGUCCCCCCUCAAGCUACCAGGAAGUACCCUGUGGAAAAAAACAUCCUACACAGAGGUAUGAGCGAGCCCCAGGAGAGACCUUACGCUGUGGACCACGUCAAGAGGGUCCACAUGCAGAGCAGCGCCUCGCCCAAGAACCUGCGCGUGCCCUCCAAGGCUCUGGUAGGAGAGAGGGGCCAGGACGUCAGGCUGUCACCACGCACGGAAGUGAGGAAGGUUAGGGAGGUGGAGGAAGUGGAGAAGCGGAGAGAGGAAGUGGAGAAGCGCAGAGAGGAGCCAAGACACAGAGAGCAUACGAAACGCAGGGAGGAAGUGCAGCACACUUCCAGUCAGCCUGUUUGCACCUGCCAUCUGAAGAAGGCCCACUACUAGAGCGUGCUCAGAUCACCCCUGCUGCCUGCAUUGCAUUGACAUUGCAAAAGGGAAGCUGUAGAAAGAUGUUUGCGUAUUUAUAAAAUCCUACUAGUUAACAUCUAGUGCUUGACUAGCUUGCAGGUGGCAUCUCGUUCAUAAUUUGGACUCACACAUAACAUUCAGUUGUUUGACUAAUGUCGGACAUCAUUAUGCCUAAGACAUUCAUUGUAUUAGUGCACACUAGUUGUUCUACUGGUGUUCAUUUUACUUGUGAGGGUGAAGAACAUCGACCUUAAGAUGGAACAGCGUUUUAUAGGAAGGUAAUAGAAAAAAGGACGUUACUGAUAUGACAGUUGUUCUAUUAGUACAGUCUCUCUCGUAACUACGUGGUCCUUAAAGACCCUAUAAAGUCAAUUUGAGACUUUUUGAUAUAUAUAUAUAUAUAUAUGGAAGAUAAUUGUUGAAAACAUGAAAAGGCUGAGAAUUGUUAUCCAAAUUGGAAAGCCUCAUGAAUAUAUUUGCUGAUGUUUUUUUUAAUCCAAAUUUGACAGGGUUGUUAGCGACAUUUCUCUGUGGCAUUCCAAAUGUAUGAUACAUAUAUUAUAUUGACUUUGCUGGGAUUUAAAAUAUGGCUUUUACUGUUACCAAUAUGAAAUUUAACGUAGGGCAUCCAACAAGUACCUUAUUUUAGAAAUACUUUUACAAUACCACAGCAUUAGAAUCAUGCCUCUGUGUCAGUUUGUGUCAAUCAAAUCUGACAAACUGACAAUUAUUAUGCUUGUAAAUGCUGAAUGCUUUUGGACUAGAUUUCCUCAGUAUAAAGAUGUACUUAAUGUUGCGGAUGGUGAAUUUACAGUAUUUAACUAAUAUACAUAUGUAAAAAAGAUUACUAAAAAAAAUAAAAUAAAAAAUGCUAUAAUUCGCUAUAAUUCAAUAAUAUAUAGACUUUGCAGCCCAAGUGGUUAUUAUAAUGUUUGCCUCAUAUAAAUACUAAGAUAGUGUUUAAGUGUAAACACAUGCCUGCCAAGACAGAGGAAGCUCCUCAUAAUGUCCUGCUGUAUAUGCAAUCAAGACAAUUCCGCUUGAGAAUUAAUUUCUCGAUGCUUCGAGUUGCCAUAAAACUUGUCCUGAUUACAUUCCAAAUAUUUCUUUAUCGACACUUGCAUCACAUGUUCAUGAUUUAUUUACUUGUUUUAAAUGUUUUUGGCAUUUACCUUAUCUCCCCACAACUUUUGAUGCAUGUACAAAUACAUGUGACGUUAAUUUAAUCAAAGAAAGACAAUUUAAGUGUUAUACGUGCAUGUUCAUUCUCACCAUCAAAAAAAAUCUUUUUUUUUGUGUUUAAACAUUUUGUAUUAUUUUUUCUUGUUUACUUAUGUAAAAGGGUAAAUUAUCUAAUUAUGACUAUUAUAUAUUACUUUCUUGCGGUCAAAGUAUCAAAGUAUUGAUAAACGGACCAUGGUUUUGUUUCAACAGUGCCAAUAUAUGAGUGGUGAUCUUAAGUUAAAGUAUUUAUCUAAUCUGAUACAAUGUGUGUCCGGCUAUAGAUGCACAACUAAAAAUAUUUCAUCCAAAUGUGAACCUACCAGUUUAUGCAGUUCUUAUGACAAAAUUUUGACAGUUUGUAUUUGACACUCUAACUAAGGCUAUGUGUUUUAUUUUUCUCUUGCUCCUUGAUUUUCUUCUGCUGAAUAAAACUGUGGAUAAAGGC